UUAUCUCCCAAUCCUGACAGAUAUUUGUAGCAAGAUGUUUGCUGCAAUCAAGGAAGCCCUCGGCACAGAACGGUUGGAGAGUACUGGGCGUGGAGGUGGAGGAUGCAUCAAUGAAGGAGAAGUAUUCAAGACAGACAAGGGACAGAUCUUCUUGAAGAGGAACUCAAAAUCUAAGGCUCGUGAGAUGUUUGACGGGGAAUUUGAGAGCCUGAAAGCCAUUGUCGCCACAGGAACAGUCAAAGCUCCAACUCCCCACUUGGUCGUUGAUAAUCCAGCUGGAGGGGCAGUCCUUGUCAUGGAAUACUUGGAUAUGCAUGGCCUGAAUAGACAGUCUGGAGCACUCGGUGAACAGUUAGCCAGAAUGCACCUCCACAAUAUAAAGAAACUGGAAAAGUUUGACGAGAGCCAUGUAGGUGGUGGUGAGGAAUCAAAGCCUGUGACCCAGUUUGGGUUCUCUGUUCCAACCUGUUGCGGCUAUUUACCCCAGGAUAAUACGUGGAAUGAUGACUGGGUUGUUUUUUAUACAAGAAAAUUACAGGAGCAGCUUACAAUGAUUGAAAAAGAUUAUAGUGACCGUGAGGCAAGAGAAUUAUGGUCAAAGUUGCAGCGGAAAAUACCAGAAUACUUUAAAGACCUCGAAGUGAAGCCAUCACUUGUUCACGGAGAUCUAUGGAGUGGCAAUGCAGCAGAGACAGCUGAUGGUCCAGUUAUAUUUGACCCAGCGUCUUUCUACGGCCACCAUGAAUAUGAUUUGGGAAUCGCAGGAAUGUUUGGAGGUUUUAGUCGGAAAUUCUGGGAUGGAUAUCACAGUGUUAUUCCAAAAGCACCAGGUUUUAGCAACAGACACAAGCUCUAUCAGCUGUUCCAUAAUCUGAACCACUGGAAUCAUUUUGGCAGUGGAUAUCGAAGUGGAAGUCUGCAUUUGAUGAGGACCUUAUGCUAAAAAUGCAUCGUCAUGUUAAUAAUGUUGUUACAUUCAUAAGACUACACAUACAUAUGAAAAGUUACCUAUUCUACACUGUAAAUAUCUUCUGAUGUCCUGUUUUGUUUAUCAAUGUACUGAUGUCAUUAAUAUUCCCAUAUAUAUGGUAAUAUAUUAUUUUAUCAGUUUUGCAAUACUGCUAGAUGAAAAUAUGUUCAGCUUGUGUAUACAAUAGAAAACUGUAAAUGCUUAUCCAUUCCAGUGUUUGUCACUGACACUCAAAAUACAUUCCCUUUCACCAUAAAAAGAAAAGAAAUAUCGCUCCUGUAGUAUUACAUCCAGUGCUUUCUUUUCUUGUAAUGUGUCAAGCGGUAUCUUUUCCAGAAAAAAACAAUAAGUUAGAGAUGAGGCGAUCAUUUGACAUCCAGUCAUGAAUAUUUUCAAGUAGACUCAUAUAGGAAUCAGAGGUGUAAAAUGACAGAUCUGUUUUGCAUGGAUGUUGCACCAUAUCUGUAAAGUGUAGUACAAGAAACACUUUCAGAUUUUGAUAUAAGAUAUAAUAACUUAGAAAAUAAAGUGCUAGGUUCAUUGAAUUAUGGCAUAAUCAUAGGCCCAUGUUAUAGUAAAUAUUUUUAGAUACUGGAUAUUUAGUGUUUUUUUUUUUUCUUUCAUUUUUGUAAUGUAUACUAUAUAGACAACACCAUAAGCAGAUGAAAAGUGUACCCAUGCUUGUACCAGAAAAAGUGCUCUGUGUUGCACUAUGACACUAAAUGCAGAUCAAUAUCUUUGUGGAUGCCGACCUCAGUAACUAGAAAUUUUAUCUGUAUUCAGAGAUUAUGUAAUGUUCACAUGAUUUAGUAAUGGUGUAAAUGUAAUACCCAUAUUAUGGUUACCUUUCUACCAAAAAAUAAUUUAGUUUCAUUAUAUGGUGUAAUGGCAUAACUAUUUACUUAGUUUUUCAGUUCUUAUUUUUCAACUACAGAAUUCAUGGUGAUAUAAGUGCUGUUAUGAUUAUUAUCUAUUAUCUCCAUUUUGUUAUAAUUAAAUUGUAUUACAUAUAGCUUAUAACUGAAAUUUGAUAGGUAACAAUCUCUC